UGAGCCGAACCUCCUUCAAGCCUCACUUGAAGUCGCGUUGGGUUUGCGAAAUGAUCAAGGCUGUUUUGUUCUUCAGCUUGGCUUUAGCCGCGGGUUCGUCCCACGCCCAAGAUUGCAACUUCUACCAAAGUGAAUCGGAUAAUUGCGCCAAUGGGUGUGGCGCUUGCUUCAAUCCCAAUGGUCGAUCCACCUCCAACGGUUACGACGUGGUCAUGUGUCCCUCUGGUGAGAGCUACGGCUAUUAUUGCAAUCCUGAAGGGGGAUCUUUCGCUUGCAUGGAUUGGACCUUUGGAAGCGCGAGGAUGAAGCAGCAAGAGGAGACGUUCAACCAACGAAUGCGGGAUGAGGGCAAGGCGGCUGGUGACGUUUGGUUUGGAGUGGGAACUUUUGGCACCACCGAGGAUGCCAUGCAAGGGUUGGGCAAUUGUUAUCGCCUCAAGGUGAGGGACACCAAUUGCGGAAAUCUGGAAGGCGGAGCUCUAUUGGAACGGGAGAUCAUUGCCCAGUCCAUCAACACUGGCCACGACGUGGCCAACAUUCAAUUCGACCUCCAAAUGGGCAAUGGAGGAACUGGAGCAUUCAACAACUGCGCUGGAUCCAGUUGGUCUAUGUUUCCCGGGCAAUUUAUCGAGUCGAUUUGGGGGGCUCAAUAUGGCGGAUGCUCUUAUCGAGACUCAAGCGAAGGUAGCCCGAGUUGCGACGAUCUGCCCGAGCUGCCUCAGGACUCGUCCGCCAUGAGCGCCCAAGGCGACAAUCUCGUGGACCUUUGCAAAUACAGUUUUGACAAGCGCGUGCGAUUGGGUUCAAGCAAUCCCACCAUUGUGGACAUGGCCCGCGUAGAAUGUCCGGCUGAAUUGGUGGAAUUGACCCAGAUCAAACGCUCGGAUGACCCAAAGACGUUCGAGAUCACCGAGGCAAACCGACCCGGACCCUAUCAAAACAAUCCCGUGAUUGAGCCUUGCCGUUGCUCUUGUGGAUCUAAUGAAUGCACCUAUUGCCUUACCCGCAUGAUGGAUUGCCGCAAACCUUCGGCCGGUUUUAUCGACAACCUUCAAACUAAUCUUCUGGAGGAUGGCAUGAAAGUGGUCCAACCCUGCACAUCCGAUGGAUACACCCGAAUUGAUAACAAAUGCGGAUGUCUUGAUUGCUAUUGUUAAAAAAUGAGUAUACACAAAUGACGCAAA